CCGCCUUCACUCUGUUUGCUGUGUGUAAGAAUAGAAACGACAGAGACAGUGAAGGUACAGAGGAUGAGGAAGUGAGUGUCACUCUCCACAGAUCUGGGCUCAGUGACACACACACGUAUGGAUCCUCUGAUGCUCCUGUUUCUUCUCAUUGCUGGGCUCACAGGUGCUGACAGUGUGUCCUCAGUAGGAGAGGUGUCUGUACAGAGAGGAGGAUCUGUCACCAUCCCAUGUUCCUAUGAAGACAGUUAUAAAACACAUGUGAAAUACUGGUGCAGAAGGGGUUAUAGGUAUACAUGUACUCCCAUAGUACACACUGACUCUCCACAGACGAAGGGUAAAGUGUCAAUCAGAGAUGAUCCUGACCAGCGAGUCUUCACUGUGACCAUGAACAAUCUGACAGCUGUGGACUCUGGUUCCUACUGGUGUGGUGUGGAGAACAGCAGAAAUUCAGCUGUGGGAACACAGGUUUAUCUGUCAGUCACUGAGGGUUCCCCAGGGCUGUCAGUGGACAAACAGGAGGUGACGGGUGUGGAAGGAGACAGUGUCACUGUUCAGUGUCGCUAUACAGACAGUUACAGUCAGAAGCAGUGGUGUAAGGUCAGGCGCUCCUGUGUGUCAAGUUCUUCGGGUUUGGAUGGGAGGCCUGUCCUGAUCAGGGAUGACAAAGUAAAGAAAGUCUUCAGUGUGACAAUGAGGGGACUGGAGAGGAAGGACACAGGCUGGUACUGGUGUGAUGAUGAUAGAUACCAGCAGAUCCCAGUUCAUAUUACUGUCAGUCUGAGAACUGCAACCACAACCAGCACUGAAUGUGCUGACAGUGUGUCCUCAGUGGGAUCAGUGUCUGUACAGAGUGGAGGAUCUGUCACCAUCCCAUGUUCCUAUGAAGACCGUUAUAAAGCACAUGUGAAAUACUGCUGCAGAGAUUAUUAUUCUUCGGAUCCAUGUACUCCCAUAGUACGCAGUGACUCUCUACAGAAGAGGAAUGAAGUGUCAAUCAGAGAUUAUCCUGACCAGCGAGUCUUCACUGUGACCAUGAACAGUCUGACAACUGGGGACUCUGAUUACUACUGGUGUGGUGUGGGGAUCAGCGGAGGUGCAGCUGUGGGAACAUGGAUCCAGCUGUCAGUCACUGAAGGUGUGUCCACACUGAACACGGUGUCUGUACAGAGAGGAGGAUCUGUCACCAUCCCAUGUUCCUAUGAUGAGAGAUAUAAAACACAUGUGAAAUACUGGUGCAAUGGGAGUGACUGGAGCUCAUGUACUCCCAUAGUACGCAGUGACUCUACACAGAUAAGUGGUGAAGUGUCAAUCAUAGAUGAUCCUGACCAGCGAGUCUUCAAUGUGACCAUGAACAAUCUGACAGCUACUGGUUCCUACUGGUGUGGUGUGGACAUCACCGGAGGUGCAGCUGUGGGAACACGGGUUUACCUGUCAGUCACUGAGGGUGUGUCCACACUGAACAUGGUGUCUGUACAGAGAGGAGGAUCUGUCGCCAUCCCAUGUUUCUAUGACAACAUGUAUCAACAACAUGUGAAAUACUGGUGCAAUGGGAGUGACUGGAGCUCAUGUACUCCCAAAGUACGUACUGACUCUACACAGAUAAGUGGUGAAGUGUCAAUCAGAGAUGAUCCUGACCAGCGAGUCUUCAAUGUGACCAUGAACAAUCUGAAACCUGGGGACUCUGGUUCCUACUGGUGUGGUGUGGAGAUCAGCAGAGGUUCAGCUGUGGGAACACGGGUUUACCUGUCAGUCAGUGAGGGUUCCCCAGAGCUGUCAGUGGACAAACAGGAGGUGACGGGUGUGGAAGGAGACAGUGUCACUGUUCAGUGUCGCUAUACAGACAGUUACAGUCAGAAGCGGUGGUGUAAGGUCAGGCGCUCCUGUGUAUCAAGGUCUUCGGGUUUGGAUGGGAGGCCUGUCCUGAUCACGGAUGACAAAGUAAAGAAAGUCUUCAGUGUGACAAUGAGGGGACUGGAGAGGAAGGACACAGGCUGGUAUUGGUGUGAUACUGGAAACGUGCAGAUCCCAGUUCAUAUUACUGUCAGUCUGAGAACUACAACCACAACUAGCACUGAACGUGCUGACAGUGUGUCCUCAGUGAGAUGGGUGUCUGUACAGAGAGGAGGAUCUGUCACCAUCCCAUGUUUCUAUAACAACAGAUAUCAGCAACAUGUGAAAUACUGGUGCAGAUGGGCUUAUAGCCAUCUAUGUACUCCCAUCGUACGCAGUGACUCUCCACAGACGAAGGAUGAUGUGUCAAUCAGAGAUGAUCCUAACCAGCGAGUCUUCACUGUGAGCAUGAACAAUCUGCAAACUGGGGACUCUGAUUACUACUGGUGUGGUGUGCAGAUCAGCAGAGGUUCAGCAGUGGGAACAUGGAUGCAGCUGUCAGUCACUGCGGGUGUGUCCAGAGUGAACACGGUGUCUGUACAGAGAGGAGGAUCUGUCACCAUCCCAUGUUACUAUGACAACAUGUAUCAACAACAUGUGAAAUACUGGUGCAAUGGGAGUGACUGGAGUUCAUGUACUCCCAAAGUACGCAGUGACUCUCCACAGAUAAGUGGUGAAGUGUCAAUCAGAGAUGAUCCUGACCAGCGAGUCUUCAAUGUGACCAUGAACAAUCUGACAGCUGGGGACUCUGGUUCCUACUGGUGUGGUGUGGAGAUCAGCAGAGGUUCAGCUGUGGGAACACGGGUUUACCUGUCAGUCACUGAGGGUUCCCCAGAGCUGUCAGUGGACAAACAGGAGGUGACGGGUGUGGAAGGAGACAGUGUCACUGUUCAGUGUCGCUAUACGGACAGUUACAGUCAGAAGCGGUGGUGUAAGGUCAGGCGCUCCUGUGUAUCAAGGUCUUCGGGUUUGGAUGGGAGGCCUGUCCUGAUCAGGGAUGACAAAGUAAAGAAAGUCUUCAGUGUGACAAUGAGGGGACUGGAGAGGAAGGACACAGGCUGGUACUGGUGUGAUGAUGAUGGAUACUGGCAGAUCCCAGUUCAUAUUACUGUCAGUCUGAGAACUACAACCACAACUAGCACUGAACGUGCUGACAGUGUGUCCUCAGUGAGAUGGGUGUCUGUACAGAGAGGAAGAUCUGUCACCAUCCCAUGUUUCUAUAACAACAGAUAUCAGCAACAUGUGAAAUACUGGUGCAGAUCGGCUUAUAGCCAUCCAUGUACUCCCAUCGUACGCAGUGACUCUCCACAGACGAAGGAUGAUGUGUCAAUCAGAGAUUAUCCUGACCAGCGAGUCUUCACUGUGACCAUGAACAAUCUGACAGCUGGGGACUCUGAUUACUACUGGUGUGGUGUGGAGAUCAGCAGAGGUUCAGCUGUGGGAACAUGGAUGCAGCUGUCAGUCACUGCGGGUGUGUCCACACUGAACACGGUGACUGUACACAGAGGAGGAUCUGUCACCAUCCCAUGUUUCUAUGACAACAUGUAUCAACAAUAUGAGAAAUACUGGUGCAAAGGGAAUUUCUGGAGUUCAUGUACUCCCAUAGUACACACUGACUCUACACAGAUAAGUGGUGAAGUGUCAAUCAGAGAUGAUCCUGACCAGCGAGUCUUCAAAGUGACCAUGAACAAUCUGACAGCUGUGGACUCUGGUUCCUACUGGUGUGGUGUGGAGAUCAGCAGAGGUUCAGCUGUGGGAACACGGGUUUCCCUGUCAGUCACUGAGGGUGUGUCCACACUGAACAUGGUGACUGUACAGAGAGGAGGAUCUGUCACCAUCCCAUGUUCCUAUGACAACAUAUAUCAAAAACAUGUGAAAUACUGGUGCAAAGGGAGUGACUGGAGCUCAUGUACUCGCAUAGUACGCAGUGACUCUCCACAGACGAAGGGUGAAGUGUCAAUCAGAGAUGAUCCUGACCAGCCAGUCUUCACUGUGAUCAUGAACAAUCUGACAGCUGUGGACUUUGGUUCGUACUGGUGUGGCGUGGAGAUCAGCAGAGGUUCAGUUGUGGGAACACGGGUUUCCCUGUCAGUCACUGAGGGUGUGUCCACACUGAACACGGUGACUGUACAGAGAGGAGGAUCUGUCACCAUCCCAUGUUACUAUGACAACAUGUAUCAACAACAUGUGAAAUACUGGUGCAGAGGGAGUGACUGGAGUUCAUGUACUCCCAUUGUACACAGUGACUCUACACAGAUAAGUGGUGAAGUGUCAAUCAGAGAUGAUCCUGACCAGCGAGUCUUCAAUGUGACUAUGAACAAGCUGACAACUGUGGACUCUGGUACCUACUGGUGUGGUGUGGAGAUCAGCGGAGGUGCAGCUGUGGGAACACGGGUUUACCUGUCAGUCACUGAGGGUGUGUCCACACUGAACACGGUGACUGUACACAGAGGAGGAUCUGUCACCGUCCCAUGUUACUAUGACAACAUGUAUCAAAAACAUGUGAAAUACUGGUGCAAAGGGAGUGACUGGAGCUCAUGUACUCCCAUAGUACGCACUGACUCUCCAAAGAAAAGUGGUGAUGUGUCAAUCAGAGAUGAUCCUAACCAGCGAGUCUUCAAUGUGACUAUGAACAAUCUGACAGCUGUGGACUCUGGUUACUACUGGUGUGGUGUGGACAUCAGCGGAGGUGCAGCUGUGGGAACACGGGUUUCCCUGUCAGUCACUGAGGGUGUGUCCACAGUGAACACAGUGUCUGUACAGAGAGGAGGAUCUGUCACCAUCCCAUGUCCCUAUGGCAACAUACAUCAAAAACAUGUGAAAUACUGGUGCAAUGGGAGUGACUGGAGUUCAUGUACUCCCAUAGUACGCACUGACUCUCCAAAGAAAAAUGGUGAAGUGUCAAUCAGAGAUGAUCCUGUUAAGCCAGUCUUCACUGUGACCAUGAACAAUCUGAGAGCUACUGGUUACUACUGGUGUGGUGUGGACAUCAGCGGAGGUGCAGCUGUGGGAACACGGGUUUCCCUGUCAGUCACUGAGGGUGUGUCCACACUGAACACGGUGUCUGUACAGAGAGGAGGAAAUGUCACCAUCACAUGUUACUAUGAUGACAGUUAUAAAGCACAUGUGAAAUACUGGUGCAGAGGGAGUGACUGGAGUUCAUGUACUCCCAUAGUACGUACUGAUUCCCCUAAGAUAAGUAGUGAAGUGUCAAUCAGAGUUCAUCCUGACCAGCGAGUCUUCAAUGUGACCAUGAACAAUCUGACAGCUGUGGACUCUGGUACCUACUGGUGUGGUGUGGAGAUCAGCAGAGGUUCAGCUGUGGGAACACAGGUUUACCUGUCAGUCACUGAGGAUGAUGAAGAAGGAGGGAAUAAUGAAAAACAGAGCUUGUUUCUGUAUGUAGGGCUGGGCUCAUUGGUGCUGCUGUUGAUCAUCAUCAUCAUCACAUGGAAAGUGUGGGACAAACGCAAGAAAAAAAGGGCCAUGAACCAAAAUGCAGGAAGUACAGAAUUAACAUUGAACCCAGACCAUGAAUACGCCGUCAUAGACAGAACUGGCAUCACCAAGGGAGACCCGGCAGAGCAGGCCUCUGUGGAGCCUGGUGCUGAUGUCACCUACAGCUCCAUUCUCCUGCCAGAUCCACAGGUGUCCUCUAGAUGUUCUUCACAUCGUCCUGCUGUAACCCCAGCCAGUGAUGUGGUCUACAGCUCAGUCACCCUGAAGGACAGAGAGACUGACAGUGACCCCAGCCUGGCCCUGCAGUCCCCUUGGAGUACUCCUGUCCUGCAGGGCCCUCGGGGCUGCCUUGUCUUCAUCCUGCAGGUCCUUCAAUACCCUCUGAUCCUAGUUCCUGUUGCAGUCCUGCAGUCUCUUCAUCGGCCCUCUGUUCCCAUCCUGCAGUCCCCUCAUCACCCUUCUGCUCCUGUCCUGUUGUCCCCAAGCGCCCACUGGAUCCAGCCAUGCCGCCGCUCAGCCCAGGAGAUCCUUCAUUUAGACUUAUGA